AUUUCUUCACAUCCUUCUCAACUAAGAACAUCACUUCCAUUCCAAUCAAAAUGAUCCAGAGGGUCGCUUUAGUAGCCGUGCUUGUAGGGCUCGCCAUCGCUGCUCCUUCCGAUCCCUACGGAGCUCCACAUGGCUACAACCAACUUAUGCCCUACCAGUUUAGCUAUGGUGUAAAAGAUGACUACGCAGGGACUGAUUUUGGACAGACAGAGGAAUCCGACGGCAAAGCAGUUAAGGGCUCCUACACUGUCCAACUUCCUGAUGGUCGCAAACAGACGGUUAACUACGUUGCCGACCACUACAACGGUUUCCAAGCCGACGUCAGCUAUUACGGAGAAGCUCAGUACCCCCACCAGUAUGGACCCCCCAUCACCUUCAGACCCGCCUACAAACCCCAACCAUCCUACCACUAAAAAACAAUGACCUUUGCGAGUUAAGGGAACUGAAGCAAUUCACCAAGGGCUAGUCGCACACCUGUACAGUUUUAUUAAUAAACAGUUUUUGUUGCUUAUUAAA